UUAUUUCUACUCCGUAAUUUCAGUGUGGUUGUCCACGCGCGCGAAUUCUUAGCGUUGUUUAAGACGCUAUGGUUUCAGCGACUUUGCUGGGGCAAGCCGCAAGGUCUUGCUGCGUGAUGGAUUCUCUGGUUUCAACAUUCACGUCGAAGCAAGGCAGGGCUUGGUUAAGUCGCUCGGGACAGUCAUGGAUGAGGAAUGUGGACAUGGUCUUUUCAACUUUAUCAAGCAGCGUCAAUUUUUCUGGUGGCAAGGUUUCUUUCUCGUCUGACGCAUCGAAACGCAGAACGGAAGUCAGUAGUGGACCAGAUUGGCUAUCUAUAACGGAGGUCAUUGGGAAGGAAUCAUCUUCUGGGGCAGAUUUCAAGCUCCCAUCUGAGGUUAAGCUCGUUGAGGUUGGAGCGAGAGACGGGCUGCAGAAUGAGUCAACUUUUGUUCCUACGGAUGUCAAAGUCGAGUUGAUACAUCGUCUAGCUGACGCCGGAAUGCCCUUCGUAAGUCCCAAGUGGGUUCCGCAAAUGGCAGACAACGAAGCUGUGGUCAAGCGUUUGAAGAGAAAACCUGGUGUGUCGUACCCAGCGCUUGUUCCAAAUGUGCAGGGCUACAAACAGGCCCGAGAAUGUGGAGUGGACGAAAUUGCAAUUUUUACUACUGCAUCGGAAACCUUCUGUAAAAAGAAUACAAAUUGUGACGUUGCCACCAGCUUAAAGAGAAUUGAGGAUAUCAUGAGCCUUGCUCUCGGAGACGGCGUUAAAGUGCGAGGAUACGUUUCUUGCAUCGUUGGGUGCCCGUACGAAGGUUUUGUUUCCCCCAGCGCGACGGCAAAGGUUGCAAAGAAGUUGUAUGACAUGGGCUGCUACGAAAUCUCGUUGGGAGACACUAUUGGAGUUGGAACCCCUGGAUCUCUCGUGCCGUUGGUGAAUGAAGUGAAACUGCAUGUUCCGGUUGAGAAAUUGGCAAUACACUGUCACGAUACGUACGGACAGGCUCUGGCAAACAUACUCGCGGUUAUGCAGACUGGUGUUCAAAUCAUCGACUGUUCCGUUGGAGGUCUUGGAGGCUGUCCGUACGCAAACGGCGCCUCCGGUAAUGUUUCAAGUGAAGAUGUUGUGUACCUGAUGGCUGGUUUGGGAGUGAAAACUGGAGUGGAUUUGCCGAAACUUUUGGAAGCUGGUGACUUCAUUUGCAAGAACAUUGGACGCAAAAGUAGCAGCAAAGUUGCUUCUGCAACUGGUGCAUGUAGUUCUUGA